UGGGCCAGGAAGCGCGGAAGAAACAGCCGGGGGCCAUGGACGGAGCUGUGAUGGAAGGGCCGCUCUUUUUGCAAAGUCAGCGCUUCGGGACCAAGAGGUGGAGGAAGACCUGGGCCGUUCUCUACCCGGCUAGUCCCCAUGGCGUGGCGCGGCUCGAGUUCUUUGACCACAAAGGGUCGAGCUUUGGAGGAGGCCGAGGGGGCUCGCGCCGCCUAGACUGCAAGGUGAUCCGUCUGGCAGAAUGUGUGAGCGUGGCCCCCGUGGCCGUGGAAAGCCCCCCUGAGCCUGGCGCCGCUGCCUUCCGCCUGGACACUGCGCAGCGCUCGCACCUGCUGGCAGCCGACGCGCCGUCCAGCGCCGCCUGGGUGCAGACGCUGUGUCGAAACGCCUUUCCGAAAGGCACCUGGGCUCUGGCGCCUGCUGAGAACCCACCUAAGCUUUCCGCCCUGGAGAUGCUGGAAAACUCGCUGUACAGCCCUACCUGGGAAGGAUCCCAGUUCUGGGUAACUGUGCAGAGGACUGAGGCUGCCGAGCGCUGUGGACUGCAUGGCUCCUACGUGCUGAGGGUAGAGGCUGAGAGGCUGACUCUCCUGACUGUGGGGGCCCAGAGUCAAAUACUGGAGCCGCUCCUUUCCUGGCCCUACACUCUGUUGCGUCGCUAUGGCCGGGACAAGGUCAUGUUCUCUUUUGAGGCCGGCCGCCGCUGCCCCUGCGGCCCUGGAACCUUCACCUUCCAGACAGCACAAGGAAAUGAUAUCUUUCAGGCAGUUGAGACUGCCAUCCACCGGCAGAAGGCCCAGGGAAAGGCCGGACAGGGGCACGAUGUUCUCAGAGCUGACUCCCAUGAAGGGGAAGUGGCAGAGAGGAAGUUGGCUUCUCCUCCUGGCCCCCAGGAGCUCCAGGGCAGCCCUCCAUCCCUGUAUGCUGAGCCCUUAGACUCCCUGCGCAUUCCUCCAGGCCCUUCCCAGGACUCCCUGUACUCAGACCCCCUGGACAGCACCCGUGCUCAGGCAGGGGAGGGAGUACAGUUGAAGAAACCUCUCUAUUGGGACUUGUAUGAGCAUGUGCAGCAGCAGUUGCUGAAGGCCAAGCUGACAGACUCCAAAGAGGACCCCAUCUAUGAUGAACCCGAGGGCUUGGCCCCAGUCCCUCCCCGGGGCCUUUAUGAUCUGCCUCAGGAGCCCAAGGAUGCAUGGUGGUGCCAAGCUCGGGUGAAGGAGGAGGGCUAUGAGCUCCCCUACAACCCUGCCACUGAUGACUAUGCUGUGCCACCCCCUCGGAGCACAAAGCCCCUCCCAGCUCCCAAGCCCCAGGGCCUGGCCUUCCCUGAACCUGGUUCUGCAACUGGCAGUAGCAGCAAAGGCCACAGCUCAGACACUGCCCUGUAUAGCCAGGUCCAGAAGAGCGUGGCCUCAGGGAGCUGGAACUGUGGGCUUUCUAGAGUAGGGAGCAACAGGACUGGGGUUAAGUCAGAAGGCUCUGCCUGAGAAGUAGGGCAAAGCUGUGGUUGUUGAUAGGAGGAACAUAGGGAGGUGGCACUGGGUACCAAAGAAGCCUGUUAUAACCAGCGGGAACCAGAGGGCAGGAGGGGCACUAAGGGACCAGAGGGAUCGGGGGAAUCAAUCCCAGGAAGUCUAGAAAGUGGAACAGAUGACAGGGCUGAAGGAUGGGUUCUUAGGAGGGUCAGCAUCCCUAAGUUAUCCCUCCUUCAAAGGAAUGGAAGCCGCUGGACCACGUCUAUGGGAAAAGGUACUUGGUCAGAGUGGGUGCAGUUUGAGGGGCCUUUUUGGAGACUGUAGGAAGAUACUGGAUUAUGCCAGAUCCUUGUCCCUGCACUGUUCUUUGCCAGAGAUAUAGUUUAAAAAUUUUUUUAUUCUCAUUAAAGUCAGCCUGGGAUUAAGAA